GCUUUCUCCUCCUCCCUCUCUUCCAUCUCGCCGGAGUAACCCAGGACGUUGACAUCGCGGAUCCUUUAUUUCUUAUGUUUAAUCUGCUAUAGUCAGCACGACAGAUAUUACCUCUACGGCAAUUAUGGUUUCUGUUAGGAAACUGAAGCAGAUGGAGCAAAACGGUGAUUUAGGUCCUCAUGAUAAUGGGAAUGAUUCUGGGGUAGAAUCUAUCGGUGAAGAGGCAUCUUCGUCAAAGAUUUCGCCUAAAGAUACCCAGGAUACAGACAUCAAGCGACCUUAUACUCGAUCUCAGUCAGGUCGCACGAUAAAACGUCGAAUUCGAGACGAUAACGCGCUGGAUCCAGACAGCCAGUCAUCUUCACCCAUAAAAAGGGCAAAGUUGUCCAGAAAGCGGCCCAUUCGAAAGCCUCAACCCAAAGAAGUCGAAUCAGAGGACAACUCGACAUCCGAGUCAGAAGAACCUGGUGCCAUUAAGAGUGCCAUCAAUACUGCAGGCGGAGGAGAACUGAGCGCACCCCCUAUCAUGCCAGAAGAACAUUCACAAUCAGAGCAAACCAUGGUAGCACCGUCUCUACCUAUGCGCUACGGGACCAAUAGGGUCAUGCGAGCUACUCUUCCGACGCCAGUGCCCAAUCUCACGAAAAAGAGUCGAGGUCGGCGCGUGCCCACCCGGGCAGUGGCAGAGCUUCCCGUCAGCGAGCGAAUAGACGACAAACGUUCAUAUGUGUGCUCAGUUGAAGGCUGCGGGAAGUGUUUCCAUCGUGGAGAACAUCUCAAGCGUCAUAUACGAUCGAUCCAUACGCACGAGAAACCAUUUAAGUGCACUUUUGCAAACUGCGAAAAGUACUUCAAUCGCCACGACAACCUCCUUCAGCAUAUCAAAGUUCACAAACAGCACGUUGUAAGCAAGAGUCCUAGAGACGAAGAAAGCGGCGACGAAUCCAAUGUCAUUGUGAACGCGAGCUCCAAGGGCAAUAUCAUGCAUAGCUCUCACCCUCUCCUAUCCCUUGCAGCAGCGGCAGCUCGUCCACUCAAACCUGCUUCGACGAUUCCUAAUCUCAAUCCUGUUGUAUCCGAUUCAGGCUAUUCGUCUACAUCCACACUGACAUCCUCUGCAUCAUCCCUUUUCCCAUCUCUCCGACAAACCUAUACACAGAUGAGUUUUUCGUCUGGUACAUCACCUUACGAGUCUUCUGGGAAUUCGAAUACCUUUUCCACUAACAUGGCCGUUUCGUCUUUGCGUACUGAGAUGUCGUCGUUGCGCACCGAGAUGCCAGAAUCGUUUCCAAAGCAAGACGAUGUCAACGAGACCCCUGGUGGUACUUACCGUUUUGUGCAACAAAAGCCGCCGUACCUGCCUCGCCCGCCCAUGAUGCUGUGAAUUUCGUUUUAAAACAGGCCCUGCGAAUCUUUGUGUGUCUAAUUUCAACACCUCGCUUUAGAGCCACCAACUUCUCGUGUCAGGACUUUAUUGUAUCUUCUAAAUGACCAUUUUCUUUUCCAUACCAACUUUUUGCAUAGGAGUUUUCACAAUUAUGUGGAUACAUCGUCGUGGCCCUCUCUUUUCUAAUCCCCUUCUUUAUCUUUACCUUUCCGCUGUAGU